AGACUGGUCACAAGAUAAUCAAAGGCCGAACAUAACCAUUCUACGUUUCAGACUUGAAAUGUCACUAUCUUGGAAGUCCCCUCAAUCUCAUGAAUCAGAAAAUGACAAGAAUAGUGUGAGCAGAAAAUCAGUUAUCUUAAGUUUAUUGAGUCCAAACAAAGGAAGAUUAUUUGGAAGCAAUACGUCCAUCGCUGAUAUGCCCUGUAGCGUACACUUGUUGGAUGACCGUUGCAUGUCCGUUUCAGUAUCAAAUAAAGCAUUUGGAAGAUGUUUACUUGAAGUUGUUUGUGAACGUCUUGAUGUUCUUCCAUAUAUAUCCUAUUUUGGACUUCGUUAUUCUGACAAUAAUGGUAUGAAUCAAUGGAUCAAUUUAAAUGACAAAAUUAGUAAACAGCUUAAAGAAGUUAAAAAUUCCACGUUUGGUUUUCGAUUUAUUUAUUAUCCAAACAAUCCAUUGGCGUGUUUCCCUAAUGAAACAAUUCGUUAUUUACUUUUCCUUCAGUUGAGAAGGGAUUUUUAUGUUGGUCGUUUAAGAGCACAAGCAAUGAAGAUUUAUGAAUUAGCAGCAUACGCUAUACAAGCUGAACAUGGUCUCAAGGAGAUUCCUCAAGGUUUUGACGUGGAUACUAUUCCUGGUGGUAUGCGUGUCCUUCCUCAACUAACAAAACCUAUUGUACGGCGAAUCAAAAAUCAACUUGAACAAAUCAUUGGCAUGUCUAAAUCUGAAGCUCUGGAAAAAUUCAUCGAUGAAGCGUCAAAAAUUGAAACCUAUGGCAUGGAACCUUUUCAGGUGCAAGAUCAACGCCAAAAUGGUUUAUGUAUUGGAUUUAAUUAUAAAGGUAUUUCUAUAUUCAAGGAUGGUUGCAGUAUCAAUGUGUUUGAAUGGGCAUUUAUCAAAAACAUUUAUCCAGAAAAAAAGAAUUUGGUUUUAGUCGUUAGUGGAAAACCGUCAGAGGAUGACAGAGAUCUUGUUCUCGGGUUCAAAUGUAAAUCGCCUUCAGAAGCCAAAACUUUAUGCUUACGAGCACUCAACUGUAAAACAUUCAAAGAAGUACAAUUACAGGAGAUGUCUCUUAUUCCUCGACCUUUUAGAACAUCUAACAUUUUAGCUUAUCGACCAUCAGAAAUUAUUAAUCAAGAUUCUUUAAGUGACUCUUCUGAUAGUUCACAGUAUGCUUCACUAAAAUGUAAAUAUACUCCAACUGUAAAUAUUCAAACAGAUGUAACAACAGCAACAGCAACAACAACAACAACAACAACAAUGGCAACAAAAAAAUCACAUAAGAAUUCAACUAGUUCAGAAGCAAGUGAAAAUACAGCAUGGCCAAUUGAUUUUACAGCAUUCGUUGGAAAAGAAUGUAUUGCUAAUAAUGAUGUUAAUCAAGACAAUACUAAUCAAAAUAAUGACGAUCAAACACAUAGAAUAAAUAUAUCAUAUUUAGAUCCCCCAUCAAAACCGGUGAAUAGAGUAAGUCCACGAACUAGUUUUGGCGGAAGUAUGGACUUACCUAUACCAAGUGAAAAAAAACUACAAGUUUCUGAGUUAUCAUGGAAAUCUAAACCGGUUUAUCGGUUAGUUAAUUCAUCUUCUAUCAAUGUGAACAAUGAAGAUGAUAAGUAA